AACAACAACACAAACAAUAAGGACAAACACAAUAACAACAACAAUAAUAAAAUGCAUCAAGUGCUAAGCUAUGAAACUGCAGUGCGUGCCAAUUCUUCCUCCGAGUAUCGCGAAUAUGUUACAAAAAGGACCUGCAUUAGUUUGGUAUUGACAAUAGCAUUCUUUACGCUAAUAUCAGGCUACCUAUUGGGCAACUUUGUAUCGGAACGUAAAAAUCACAUACGAAUGCUGCUGACAAAGAAACCGCCCAAUGUCGCUUCGGACCCCAGCAAAGAUGUUACCAGCGAACAUACCAUCGACAUUUCCAGCACUGAUUAUAUGUGUCUACAGGAAUUACAUGCCCAUCAAAAAGUCAAAUCGAAACUAUUAGCCUCAGCUCAAAAUCUCAGUAAAUUACAACAAGGCGAUGAAGCCAUUCGCUCAAGUUCCCUUAACACAGAUAUCUACAGUCGUUACAUAUCAUGUACCCAAGAUGUAUCGGUCAAUGCCACCACCAACGAUCUGAGCCAUUUUAUCGAACAGUUAAUCGAUAAUACAUUGGCUCGCCAAAAAGAGUGCAUACAUCGGAUACAGGCGAUAAUUGAUCAUAAUUUGAAUUGA